AGGUCGGACUUCCUCGGAGCCCGGUGAUCGGCGACGCUCCCACCUUCUCCUCUAACUCGCUGCUGCCACCCUGUCCAGUGUCCUUCGGAGUCCCGGACCCGAGCACGAUGUGGAAACGCUGCCUGACGCUCGCGCUGGUGACCAUCACCCUGGUCCACGGCGAGGAGGAACCAAGGAGCAAAUCCAAGAUCUGUGCCAAUGUGUUUUGUGGAGCUGGCCGGGAAUGUGCCGUCACGGAGAAGGGGGAGCCCACGUGCCUCUGCAUUGAGCAAUGCAAACCUCACAAGAGGCCUGUGUGUGGCAGUAAUGGCAAGACCUACCUCAACCACUGUGAACUUCAUAGAGAUGCCUGCCUCACUGGAUCCAAGAUCCAGGUUGAUUAUGACGGACACUGCAAAGAAAAGAAGUCUGUGAGUCCAUCCGCCAGCCCCGUUGUCUGCUAUCAAGCUAACCGUGAUGAGCUCCGGCGCCGCAUCAUCCAGUGGCUGGAAGCUGAGAUCAUUCCAGAUGGCUGGUUCUCUAAAGGCAGUAACUACAGUGAGAUCCUAGACAAGUACUUUAAGAGCUUUGAUAAUGGUGACUCUCACCUGGACUCCAGUGAAUUCCUAAAAUUCGUGGAGCAGAACGAAACGGCCAUCAACAUCACCACUUAUGCCGAUCAGGAGAACAACAAACUGCUCAGAGGCCUCUGUGUCGAUGCCCUCAUUGAACUGUCUGAUGAGAAUGCUGACUGGAAACUCAGCUUCCAAGAGUUCCUCAAGUGUCUCAACCCAUCCUUUAACCCUCCUGAGAAGAAGUGCGCCCUGGAGGACGAAACCUAUGCAGAUGGAGCUGAGACCGAGGUGGACUGCAAUCGCUGUGUCUGUUCCUGUGGACACUGGGUCUGCACAGCAAUGACCUGUGAUGGAAAGAAUCAGAAGGGGGUCCAGACCCACACAGAGGAGGAGAUGACUAGAUAUGCCCAGGAACUCCAGAAGCACCAGGGAACAGCGGAAAAGGCCAAGAAGGUAAACACCAAAGAGAUCUAAGAAGAGGCCCAUAGCACCGUGUCUGGAGCCCAGCACCUCCUCUUCAGUGCUGAGCCCAGUAUCCACAGAGUCUGCAGCAAUCACCAAAUCAACAGUAUUUGCUUGUAUGGCAGCAAAUCUUAUUUUGUUUGUUUUGCAAUAAAGGAAAUGAGGGUGGCCGGCUAGCGAGGGAAGGCUACAGCCUCCAUUUCUAGGAAUGCUUUAAGAGAAACUAAAGGGUACCUUGGGGCAGAAGGCAAAUAAGGAAACAGCAUCAGGCUGGGAGGGAAGCAGAGGCAGGCCUGAGUGAAGCCUUUCUGGGGUCACAGCAGCGGCAAGGAGGCUUCAAGAAAAGCAUGUCGGGGGGACUCUGAGCUAGCCAUGCUGGAGGAAGUCGGGGGGGAGCUUUGUGGGGAGAAACCCUGCCGCUUUGACCCUUGUCACCACUGUCAACAUGACAGACCUACAGCAAAUAUGCUUCUCCUUUUGGUCCCAACAGUCACCUGAAUGCACAGCCGCCCCACUAGUUACCUGUGUCCCUCAGACUUGGAUGGAGUUUCCGGGGGGAGGGGUUAAAUGAUGCAGAUGCUCAUGUACUUCAAGCGCCAUGGAGACCCAACCAAAAUUUUAAAAUACAUUUUUUCUUUUUUUUACCAAAGGUGCUAUUUCUCUGUAAAAGACAUUUUUUUUGCAAGCUGACUUCAUUCCUCAGUUAUUACCGUUAUAUUAUUGUUGUUUUUUUUAAUAUUUCAUUUUUUACUAGAUAUUAAGCUUUUGUAAUUAUUUUUUUCAUUAGUCCUACUAUUUCAGAAGUGAAGAUGAGAGGAGUUUGGGCGUUUUUCCAGGUACAGGGAACUCUGUAACACAAAUGGCCCCUUAGCCUGCACAUAUUAGACUGGAUGCAGUCCGGAGCUACAUCCAGGGCUUUCCAAAGAUCGGCUACAUACCACGGAGCACAAGACUUCCCUCAGACAGAUCUUCAUAGACAGUUGUUGAGAUCCAAAAAGUUAAUUUGGUUUUGUUUCUUAUAAGGAGUUUCAAGGAUGGAAGCUCAGGCUGCCCCCAGCCUGCCAGCCUGCCAGCCCGCCAGCCUGCUGUGAUCUGUGGCUGACUGUCAGAGAGAGCGACUGCGGUCCUAGCUGCUCCUGUUUCUGGCUGUCAGUUUCCUUAGUGAACUGAUAGGAAUGCAUCUUGGGAUUUAAUAUAUGGUAGUUUGUGGUUUAGGCAACUGAUCCAGAGGGAGCUAGGGUCCUGUGAUUAGCUACCUUCUUAGGACAGAUGAAGCCAUACAAUAAGAAGACAGCCAGGAACAGAUUGGCCAGGUUUUGCUUUGGUUGAAAUAAUCCUAGCAGGUGGCUGGGUGUGAGGAUUCAUGGUCACUCUGCCCAGGGAGAGAGUAGGAAGGACAACUCGCAGCUUCCUUAGCAAUGGUGCACAUGAGUGCCAUCUCAGGAUGGAGUCAGAGGUUUCCCCAUACAGAUGUUGAUAAAAGUUUUCAGAUUUGAGAGUGGUUAGAACUGGAGAUUGAAUCUGGAUUGAGUUUUAACUCAGCGCUGGAAGAGAAACUGUUAUUGAGAGUCAAUUCUUUCUUUGGGCCUCUGAUUCUCAAACUCCUUUCUUGUCCUGUUUUAUGUGCAUUUAACAUAGAAAAAAAUCAAAACCUUAUCUCAUUUGCAAAAUUCAAACUCUAGACCUGUCCAGAUAAACUAUGGAGCUGUUCCUGCACAGGCAGGUGCGGGAUAAUGAGAUGGAAGUGGAAUUCCUCUUAGUUUUCCCUGUUGCUGAGAAUUCUGUGCUAUCCCUUUCAAAAACUCUGAGCCCCACUUCUGCAGUCCAGAUUUCUACUCCCUCUCCAAGAGCCUUGGGGAGCUCACAGCAGCAAUGCCUUCAUCAAAAGUUUUGCUAGUUCUUGGACAUGAUAAGAGAGGGCAGGUAUAUCAAUUUGUUCAAGUAGCUACAGUGUCUGUUGGCUAGUCGUCUUUAGAACAGUGGUUUCAACCAAGACUAUCCCACCCUGUAACACUUGAGUACCCAAGAGCAAGCACACAUUCCUCUCGAGUUCUGCUACUUCUGUGUAACUAAGGCAGAUGUUGUCUGAACAACCAUAGAUUCAGGAGAUCCUUGAACCAUUCAUGAAAGCUGCUAAGUAGCCUGGGAAGACUUGGGUUGAGAUUUGCAUGGGACCAAGAAACAGGAUUACAUCUACUUCAGUUCCUAGAGUCCUCUAGAAGCCUUUAGGGCAAGACUGCAAGUUCCCUGGGCUUGCUCUGUGGUUUUGUUUUGUGUUUUGUUUUGUUUUAUUAACAUCAAUGUCUCUUAAGAGCCAGGACCCAGGAAAGUCUUUCCAUAUACAUAUACCAGGACUCUCUGGAUACUACUGUCAGUCUUGGGGAAGCAGGCUCCUCCAUCAGCAACCAAGGCCGUGCAAGCCCUCUGAAUGCCCCUGGUUACUCUGAUGACCUAAAUAGCUAAACUUCAGAAAACAGUUUCAACAGGUUUCUGUUCCCAUGAGGUUAUGAAAAUGCAUUUGUAUUUACUGUGCUUCCGUAUUCCAUUUAACUUGUUUUUGUUAUUUCUGAUUUUUGUUACUAUUAAUAAAUAAAAGUAAAAUAAAAUAAUA